GCCUAUGAAAUCCUAAAUUCCCUACGAAAAAACAAAUACGAAACUCUCAUUUUAGUUCUUCUUCUUCAAUAUAUACAGAGAGAGAGAGAGAGAGAGAGAGAGAGAGACGAACUCGAGGGUUUCACUCAAAACCCUCUCCUUCUUUUCUCUCUCUUCAUCUGUCAACCGGUUCACUUGUAAGAGCGGUAUUGCAUGCAGUUUUAACUUGAAGGAUGUUCUCAGGGUUUUGGUUGAUGGAUGCUGGUUUCCAUUGUGAGUUUCAAUUUCUACCAUAGUAGCAAAUAAUGUUGCUGGUAUAGUCAUUUGGUCCAAAUUAUCAAAAUGUGGAACUUUGCAUCCAACUGUAUUGCUGGAAAUGUUGGGUUGAAAAAGGACUCUCAAAAGCUAACUCAAGCUGCUUCAGAAUGCUCAGAUGAUGAGGUGUCUUCCAUCGUUAGCAGAGAGGAGGGUCUGGAGUGCCCAAUUUGUUGGGAAUCCUUCAAUAUUGUGGAAAAUGUACCCUAUGUUUUAUGGUGUGGCCAUACUCUUUGUAAAAACUGCAUCCUAGGACUUAAGUGGGCUGUUGUGAAAUUUCCCACUUUACCGAUCCAGCUUCCCCUUUUUAUUUCCUGUCCAUGGUGCAAUCUCUUGUCUUUCCGUCUGGUUUACAAGGGAAACCUCAAAUUCCCUCGCAAGAACUAUUUUCUACUUUGGAUGGUUGAAAGCAUGAAUGGUGAUAGAUUAAAGCCUCAUUCUGGUUUUUGUGAAUAUCAUCUGCCAUCCUGGUCAUCAAACAACAGUUUAAGUUUUGGAAAUCAAGUAAAUCAUGGUAAUUACCGGAGGGCACAACAUAAUCAUAAUGCUGAGCCAGUAGGAUCAAACCAUGAUCCUCUUCAUGUUAAUAAUUACCUCAGUGUGGAGAGAAUGCAAUCCUCCCUCCGAAGGUCUCUGGCUUUCUUUGUUCAUCUGACAGCCAAGUUCCCACUGGUUAUCAUAUUUCUUCUGAUUGUCGUGUAUGCAAUACCUGCCAGUGCAGCCAUCUUGGCCCUGUACAUACUUGUCACUAUUUUGCUUGCUCUCCCAUCAUUUCUCAUUCUUUGCUUCGCUUAUCCUAGUUUGGAUUGGCUUGUGAGGGAGAUAUUCACUUGAGAUGCUACUGGAUUUUAUUUGUAAGCACUGUGAAUAGAAGUUUGGACCUAUAUAUAUUCCUUUAUCCAUGUGUCCUCAACUCUGCAAUUCGUUGACUUCUUAUCUCGUAAAGGUUUCCCCAGUUGUCACCACCAAAAGCUACUCGAUGCUAGUUUCUCAAAGUCUGUAAUGAUCAAAACCUUUUCAGUGCCACUAGGAUGUGGAUUGUAUGAUAGUUGUGGGGUUUGUUCCAGGGAUUCUGCAGGUUGCUGGUAAUGAAAGCUUUUGACAAAAUGCAAUGUCUACUCCGCGGAUUUGCAAAGCUAUUGCUAGUAUGUAGUUGAAAUGGUUGUAUGGCAAAAACAAAAAAAAACCUAUGUAAUGAGAUUGAUGUUAAUUAAAGCUUUGUAAUGGUUAUGUCCUUGUUA